AUGGCUACAAUUACGGAAACGUUGGAUUAUGUACAAGUUCCCGAGACGUCAGAGUCUUUGGAAUGGGCAGAUCUGAUUACAUUAGAUCUUUCCAAGUUUGAUCAGCUUGGAGGAAAACAGGAGCUUGCGGCUGAGUUCACCAAGGCUAUUGAAGAUGUUGGAUUCUUUUAUGUCAAAAAUCAUGGCCUGAGCAGAGAAGAUAUCGAUAGACAAUUUGCUUUAGCGAAAUCAACCUUGUUACUCCCAAACGAGGAAAAGCUCAAAUACCGCGCUGCCCUCGAAGAGGGUGACUACAAUGGCUGGAAGCCAGCUGGGACAAGAAACCUCAUCCCUGGAGUGAAAGACAACUUUGAAAUAUACAAUAUCCCUAAAUUUAUUCCGGAGCAUACUGACAGGAAGCAUCCAGAAAUUGUCAAAAGCCACAUUGACAUCAUCGAGAAAUUCUCAAAGCAUAUCCAUGAUGAGAUCGUGAAAAAGCUUCUCAUUAUCUUUGCUCUUGCGUUGGGACUUGAGGAUGAGGAGUGGUUUGUCAAGAAGCAUCGUUAUGAGAAUUCAAGCGGUGAUCAUCUACGAUACAUGAAAUAUUAUGCUCGAAGCGAGGAGGAGAACCAAAAGCUGGGCGGAGUUUGGUUGAAAGGGCAUUCUGAUAUGGGAAGUCUUACGUUGCUGUUCCGUCAGCCGGUUGCUGCACUCCAAGUACUGACUAAAGAUGGAACUUGGAAGUAUGUCAAGCCGCAGAUGGAUGCUUUGACUGUAAACAUCGCAGAUGCACUUCAUUUCAUGACCAAUGGCUAUCUAAAAUCAAGCAUUCACCGAGUGGUUGCACCGCCGAAGGACCAAGGUCACGUUGACCGACUCGGAGUCCUCUACAUGGUGAGGAUCGAGGACGACGCUGACCUGAUUCCAAUUAAAGAAUCGCCUAUCCUUCAGCAAAAAUCCCUUGUGAAUAAGCCAUUGCUAGGCGAAGACGGAAAUCCUAUCAAAGCUGGCGAAUGGGUCAAGGCAAGAAUCAUCAAAAACUUAGGGGAGUCUACAGGAAAAGAAGGCGAUAAUGAUAUCGGCGAAGUUGAAAUUUUGAAGGGCGUGUCUAUCAAGUAUUUUGAUUAG